UCUUACAGGUGGUGGGAGCCCUUCUCAUCAAGCUGCUGGGAUUUCUCCUCACCGACCUGGGGGGGAAGACUUCUCCCCAAUCUCCGCCCACCGGCCCCGCCGGCCCCCUGGGCCCGCCCUCCUUCCCUCCGGUCCCCUUGGAGGCCUUCCUGCGGGCCUGGGCCUCCGAAGAGUGGCCUCAGUUCCCAGAGCUCAGAUGGCCACUUGGAUAAGAGACCCUCCACCUAUGCUGUGAGCUUCUUGGAGGGCACGUGCACAUGUGGCAUCCGUAUGUCCAGCCGCAAUGCCAUUACGCGUUCCGAUAGCUCGACUGGAGGCAUCUCUCAGCUCUGGAAGAGAAGACGUCCCAGCUCGUCACCCUCCUCCAGCCCCUCCUCGUGCUGCCUGCAGACAGCAGAGAGACCGCCAAGGAAAACGAGAGGAGAGGAGCUUUCUCCUCAUUCUGGCUCCUCAGCUCCCUCCGUAGGAGACAAGCAGUCCCAGGGAGAACAGGGUACAACCACAUCUGGGAAGCAGAACUGGGAUUCUCCACCUACGCCCAGCAGCUCCCGGCUGCGCAGACGCAGGUUUCCCCUGGUGCCCUCCAGGCGAGGGAUCCCGCUGAUCUCGCCUCCAGCUCCCGUGCUCGCUGGCCCGAUCACACGCGAAGAGUAUCACCGGGAGGAGAAAGCUCGGUUGGAGAAGUGGCUGAAGAGGAUUUUCCAGGAUGAGGCUGAAACUGCUUCAAACUCGGAGAAUGGGGACCCACCUGCCCCUCCACCUUCUCCUCUGAGUGUCACCGUGCCUGCUGCUGAGACUGCUGCUCCCGCAGCCUCCCUCCCAGCCACAGCGACUCACGUGCUGCUGAGGCACUUGGAGCAGUUGGCAGACUUCCUGUGCCUACCAUCUUUCCCAGGGUGCGGUCCCUUCCCCUCUGGGUGCAAGAAAGAAGUGACCUCACUGGCAGUCAUGCGCCGCCGAGGUUUGCAGAUAGGCAGCAGAGCUCAGAGAGGAGCCGUUUCUGGCAGGACUUUUCCCAAACCACAGGAAAGCCAGGAUCAAGAUGCCUGGGAGCCCGACAGAAAACGCAGGCGUACAGCAUAGAUAACCACGUCGGCAGGAAGUAGCCUAUGCCCCUUGCCCCCACCCCGGACCCCUCACCCAGAGGCAGCAUGUUCCUGCAGGAGCGCCCACAGGAGCCA